CCGAUUUUAAACUUAUGCUGACUUUAGUAUAUACAGUAGUAUCUAACCCCCCGUAUAGUGACUGACAUAACCUUGAAAAUUCGCUUGUUUGUUAUCACGGGUAAGAUUGUACGUGACUGAGUGCUUUUUCACAAAGUUCUGGAAUUGAUUGUUUAGUUGACUACAAGACAGUGCAAAUUUCCAUAAAAGAGAAACCACAUUACCUUGAAAGAUGUCUGAACGUAAAGUAUUAAACAAAUAUUAUCCCCCGGAUUUUGAUCCGUCGAAGAUACCUCGCAUGAAACUUGCCAAAAAUCGUCAAUAUACAGUACGUCUAAUGGCUCCCUUCAACAUGAGAUGUAAAACGUGCGGUGAAUACAUUUACAAAGGAAAAAAAUUCAAUGCCCGCAAAGAGGACGUCGACGGUGACGAUUACCUCGGUAUUAGGAUAUACAGAUUCUACAUAAAAUGCACAAGAUGUCUGCAGGAGAUAUCCUUCAAGACAGAUCCAAAAAACACUGAUUAUGAGAUCGAGGCAGGAGCUACGAGGAACUUCAUGGCAUUGAAAUUAGCGGAGGAGCAAGCACAGAGGGAGGAGGAUGAGGAAAAGGAAGAGGAGGCAACCAAUCCCAUGAAGUUAUUGGAAAAGAGAACACACCAAUCCAAACAGGAAUUAGAAUUACUCGAGUCUUUGGAGGAAUUGAAGGACCUCAACAGGCGACAGCAGACGAUCAAUUACGACGAGAUGUUGGAGCAGUACAACACCGCCAUCGCUAGACAAAGAACGAUCAAAGAGCAAGAGAAAUUGGACGAGGAAUUGGUUCAAUCCAUCUUCAGUAAAAAGAGAUUAAUUGGUCAUGUUUUAGAAGAGGAAAUCAUUGAGCUGGACGACCCUGAUGAUCCUUCCAUUCGACCGAAGAGGCUCCACAGUUCCUGUGAAUUAACUACAACCGUCAAUUCCGGUGAAACAUCAGACGGUAAAGCCAGUUCAAUGAUACAGGGUGACAUGACGAAGCCUAGCACCUUAACAUCAUCUUCGGUAGGAGAAGGUACCUCGUUGAGUUGGUCCGCUGUUUCUACUGCACCUCAAAAUAGAAGCGAACAUUUAAUGAAAAAAAAAACAUGUCUAGGAAUUGUUGUUGGUCGACAUGAUAAUAAGGAUUUGAAGCCUUUUACAUCACCAAAUAGACAGAAUGAUAAUUCAAGCAACUCGCAUAGUGUCGACGGCAUUAGCACGAAUGGCUUGGCGUUAUUAGGGGCAUAUUCUGGAAGCAGUGAUGACAGUAGCAGCGAAAUAAGUUAAUCUAUUGGAUUCAGAAAAUUGUGCAUAUUUUUCUAUGGAAUGUGGAGAUAGCUUGUAAAUAAUAAUGAUAAUAAAUAAAAUAAAUAACAAUCGACUAGUA